UGGCUCCCGAAGCUACAUUGCUCGCUCUAUCUGAUCCGUCCCGCACUUCAUGUUAUUGUGCCUGCUUUGCGCGAAGGAACGAUUAAGUUUUAAUGGGUACUCUAAUGAAUUAUUAUCGGAGGUACCUGUGUUUCCGGCACUUAUGUGACUUGAUAUCACAAUCGGUUCAUCACGUUCAAAAGUUGGCAGUCAGCGGCUAAUAUCUAUUUCACCGCCGUCGAUUGUGCGCUUGCUAUCACGGCUCGGCUUAAGAAUGCGAUAUGGUAAUUUUAAUUGUUCUGCCUGAUGCGAAGCCUCAAUAUCAGAUCCCUACCUUCUCGUGUAUAUCAUAUUAGUUCAGUAAAAGGAGUCUUUGGGUAGUUGCCACGCGAUAUACACUUGACUUUCUUCCUCUUGUGAGAUUUGGUUUUGGUCACAUUCAUAGUCACAGUAUCAAUACGUAUCGACAAAAUGCUUCAGGAACUUUUCGAGCUGGUUCGCUCUCAAGCAAGUGCUUGGAGGAUAACCUCUGAGGUGGUGUUUGAUACCUGUGUAAUUUUGAUCAUUCUGAAUAGACUAUAUGUCACAACAUCUAUCUACCGCAAUCGUCCCGUGAGUAGACCUUUAUCCUCUUAUACUAUCGAGUAGUUGCUGAUUUUGACAGCUUAAUAUCCUCAUUUCCGGACCUAAGUUGCGUUGGGGAAAGUGGUUGAGCAGCAUCAAAUAUGUCUUGAAUGCUCCAGACAUUAUCCAGAAAGCUUAUAAUCAGGUACUUUACAUCAUGCCUUGAUGGCAAGUUCUUUUUGAAAGCAAAACUAAUUGAUAUUUAGGCAAAGGGGGAACCAUUUGCUAUUCCUGCUCUUGAUGAGUACCAAGUUUUUGUCUCGUCAGAGGAGCACAUUGCGGAAGUGAACGAAAGUUCUCAAGAUCAUUUAUCCUUGCAUGAUGCUAUGGAAGAUGUAAGUUUAUCUAUUUCUGUUGAGCAUAAACCUGAAGUAAAAUAAGCUUUUAACUAACAAUCUGGACGCAGAGAGUAAAAGCAAAAUAUACCUUCUAUGGAUUUGAGCAAGGAACUGUUGACCCUCAUGAUACUGUCCCAGGAAGAGUUCUCAAGUUUCUGCUGAGAACAAAUCAACCCGCAUUGAGACCUAAGAUUCAACAGAAGAUUGAGGAAGCUUUCUCCCAGGUUUUAUCCAAAGGAAAGGUUAUUAAUGGUGAGGAAUUUUAAUGCUAUACUUGUUCAUGAUUAGAAUUUUACUGACACGGGAGUAGAUUGGACUUCAGUUUCUGUCUUAGGUCUAUCGGAAGCGGUAGGCUUAAGAAUCAAUUGUCAAGUGCUUGUUGGAGAUGAAUUAGGUACAUCCAUUAAAAGCAGUCUUCUACUUGGGUUUUGGUUUCGCUAACAUGUUACAAGCAAAUGAUCAAAAUUACGUGGACGCCGUGUUAAGAUAUUCCAACGAUGUAAUUUUGUCAAUGGAAUUCUGUCGUUAUAUGCCUGCUUUUAUUAUCCCGUGAGUAUCCCGAUUCUUCCACAUCGAGAAUUUUUCAAUUCUGAUCUCUAUUAGAUACGCCUGCCCUGCAAUCAUGGCUUGGAGUGGUGCAAUGGAGAAGUUAGCUACGCAUAUUAGACCAUUGGUUAUUCAACGUAUAAGAGAUAUUGAGGAGAAGAAGACUUUGCCUGUAAGUCAUAGUGAAAAGUAUCCAGAUAACAAAUGCUAAUUGUCUCUUAGUCUGACUGUAUAACUUGGGUUAUCGUAAGGAUCUCAAUUCUCACAUCCUUUGAGUGAACAUCAUUAAAUUCCUAUAGGAAUCAUCCACAACCCCCAAACAACGCACCGUAGAACGCAUAGUCCAACAAAUGAUCGCACUAACCUUCGCCUCCGCCCAUCAACUCCCCCUAGUCCUAACCUUCACAAUCUACAACCUCUGUCUACACCCCUCAUACAUCGAACCCCUCACCGAAGAAAUCCGCACCAUGCUUUCCUUUCCCGAAGAAAAACAAUACAAAAACAUGCCCUUGAUGGAAAGUUUUCUUCGCGAAUCAGCUCGUAUGAAUCCCCUCGAUGCUCUUUCCAUUCAACGCAAAGUCAUGAAACCAUUUACAUUUUCCUCGGGUCAAAUUAUCCCAACGGGUAAUAUUAUCGCAGUGCCUCAAGAUGCAUUGAUGAAAUCUCCGAGAUAUUAUAAUGAUCCUGAGACUUUUGAUGGGUUUAGAUUUGUGCUUCCGGAGGAUAGGGGGAGAGAGGAACCGAGGAUGAAGUAUACGGAUGUUAGUAGUGGGUUUCCGUUUUGGGGAGCUAGUAGGAAGGCUUGGUGAGUAUAUAUUAUAUAUCUUUUCUUCCAAAAUGUGAUGUCAAUGCUAAUUUUUUCCUUUAGUCCCGGCCGCUGGUACGUCAGCGCAUCGUUGAAGCAAAUUCUUGCGCAUUUGUUGAUGAACUAUGAAUUUAAAUUGGCGGAUGAUAAUAAGAAUCUUACGAUGGGCUAUACGACAAUGGUUAUCCCACGACAUGGAACGAGGAUUUUACUGAGGAAGCUUGAGAAGAGUGGAUAGGGGACGAUGUCAAGAUGGAAUAUAUCAAUCACACGGCUAAAUCUUGCGAUAUCUGACAGCUUUACUUCUUUUGUAUUUAUAAGGUAAUUAGUAGAUAAUUUUAACUUAAAUUAUAAUCACAAAUUAAUUUCAGUUAACGAAAUCUUGAGUAUGCGGUAGUCUAGGUGGUGCAAAGUCAUGAUUCUAAGAUGGAUUCACCGCAACGAAAUUGUAAAAGAAUGAAGACGGAAAAUAUGAACUCACCAGACUGAACUACAGAAUUAUUUGACA